UCUGGAAGAAGUGGUAGCGAGGGCCUACAGGUGUCUCAUCAGCAACACCUCCACAACUGGGAGCAAAGGGGAAGGUUGGGAAGGAUCUGGAUCCCACAAAGGUUAAAUCUACCAGCUCCCCCCUUACCCCCAAAAAACAAACAAAAAAUCCUAGAUGAACAUUAAAUGAGAUCUGAAUCCCAGGGUCCCUGUUUCCUUUGAUAGUUUCUAAUCACAUCCCCCAAAAUCUAGAUGAGGAGGUGGGGAUGGAGGUAGAAGUAGUGUUCCCAGCUCCCUUUGUUUCUGCUGAGUGAACAGGAAAGGUCUGCGCCCAGGGAGCAGAAGCCUGUUAGCACUCCUGCUGCGUGAUCACAGCUGGUACCAAGCGUUUCCCAAAUUGCUCCCGCCGGGCUAAUCCAUGGGCUGAAAAUGCCUCGGCAGCGACAGCAUCGAGCGGGGGUCCUGGCGGCAGCUUGGUGUUGCGUGUGCCCUGGUUAUCGCAGCAUGACAGUGCUCGCUCUAGGUGCCGCGGUUGUCUCCGGGUUCACACCUGCCCGCACCAGGCAGGGACUGUCUGGAAAUGAAUUAACUCUUCCUGUGCCAAGGCUACGUCGUGCCCGUGAGUUAACGAAGCAGGGAGUCAGCCAGGGCCUGGGAGGGUUGUGGCAUAUGCAGGAACCAUGGCGAGGGCUUAAUGCUUGGGGGGAGGGAAGAUGGAGGCGUCUCCCCCCCAGAUAUGCCCGACUCCUCAGCUCCAGCACUCCGGUGCCCUGCCCCCGCACGGCUGAUGGCGGCAGCCGAGCCCUGGAGGGGUUCGGCCUGUUGUGUCCAUGGGGGUAUUAGCCCAGGUCAGAGCUGGGCCAGGUGUAGGAUUUACCCCUCCCCCCAUGCUGGGGUGGCCCGCAUCCCAUACAGGGCACGGGCUGUCGGGGGACGGGCGCUCAGAGUCAGCCGCUUGAGGCCCGGCCCAACCCCGCCCCCUCCGCAGCGGAACAAAGAUGGCGCGCGGCUGAAAGCGCUCUAGACGGGACCCGCUGCCGGAGCGUACCAUCCUCCACCCCCCUACCUCCACAGCAAUGGUGAGGCUCACUUCCGGACGAGGACCGGAACCCGGAAGUGUGUGGCCCUGAGGGCUCCCCGGCUGCUCACAGGAAUUCACAUUCCCCAGUGAAAAUGGAGACCUUAAGGGACCUAUCUGUGAAGGAGCUCCAGGAGCUGCAGGAGGAUUCUGAGGAGAUAGAGCGUCUGGCACUGGAAUCAACAGAGGUCCAGGAACUACAGCUGGAAAGGGAGAUGGCCUUGGCCACAAACCGGAGCCUGGCAGAACAGAACCUGGAAUUCCAGACACCGCUGGAAACUGGCCGCACAAACCUUUCCGACAGAUACCAGAAGCUGCAGAAGCUGGCUGAACAGUGCCAGGAGCAGAAGGCAAAAUUGGAGAAAUUUUCUGCGGCGAUGCAGCCUGGGACCUUGUUAAAUCUUCUGCAGGUGGAGGGCCAAAGGAUUGAAGAGGAAUCUGAGACUAUGGCCGAGAAGUUCCUGGAGGGCGAAGUGCCACUGGAGAUAUUUCUUGAGCAGUUUUCCUCCAUGAGGAAGUUGUCCCACCUGCGACGGGUCAGAGUGGAAAAGCUCCAAGAGGUACUGAGGAAGUCCGAAGCUUCACAGGAACCAGCCAGUGACUCUCAUUUUAACCACCAGCAUCCUGCUCCUCACGUAACUCCUGGGCCUGCUGAUGAGCAGCAGCCACAGCCCUUCCUAUCAGGAACACCAUCCUUCCCUUUGCCCUAUAGUCCAGCCCCACGCAUGCCUGUAGGCCCCACAGCCCAUGGAACUCUCCAACCUGCUCCUUUCUCUGGAGCACCAGUUAUAAUGGGACCCCUCACCUCCUCUCAGCCAAGCACCCAACCCACAUUUCCCUAUAAAUCACCUCCAGCUCCUGGAUACCCACAGGCCCCACCUGGAGGCUCGGCACCAGGAUACUCCCAGCCUCAGACAAGAGGCUCAUCUUCAGCCCCAGGGUACCCUUGGGCUCCAUGCAGAGGGCCACCAUCUGCCUCUGGUUACUCUCAACCCCAGCCGAGAGCUCCAUCUGGACUAGGGUACCCCCAGCCUCCACAGCCUCCAUAUUUUCCACCAGGAGGUGGAAGACCACAGUGUCCAUACCCAACCCAGCCACCACUACCUAGUUUUCCAAUUCCAUCCCAGCCUCCGUAUCCCCCAGCUUCACAUUCUCCCUUUGGAUACCCACCACCUCCGCCACCUCGAGGCCCUGCUUGGCCUGGAUACUAGUCAGUACUUCUGGAGAGCUUGCUUCAUCAUCCUCUCCUGUGUCAUGGUCUGAGAUAUCAAUCCUUGCUGAGAAAUAAGCAAAAGAAGAAAGAGCUGGGAGUGUUGUCCUCAGACCCAUACAUGUAUAAGCAUUAUGUAAGGUGAGAGGUGUGGUUCUGGCGUCCUAUACAUGCUAGCAGCAUGAGAUGUAAGACAAAGUGACACCGUAACAGCACAUCUGAGGAUUGCACUAUUUUAGGUUUUGGUUAAUGAAUAAUACCGUGUGAUGGCUGCUGGCAUUCUUCAGUGGCCACUUGUACUGCUUGGUCUUUUGAAGCCAUGUUAGAAAAUAUAAAUAGUGGGCCAGAUUCUCUACUACUAUAAAUGGGCAAAACAUGCACUGAUUUACACCAGCUGAGGACCUGUGUGUGAGAUGCCUGUGUGUAUAGUUUUCUACAUAUAUAGAUAUAUACCAAAAGAAUUCUAAAGACACAGGUGUGAGAGAGAUGGAGUGAGAAUCUCUGACAGUAUUUGACCGGAAAUGCUCAUAUUGCUUCCUAGGGAACUCAAGUCUGGAAACUAGACUAGCAGAGUCAGCCAGAUUCAGAAUCAAUGCAUAAUUUAUCUUGUCAAUGAGAAGCGACUAGCUAGCAUGUUGGGAUAGGUCACCCCUUGAUAUGCCCCAUGUCACUGUAGCGUAAUUCAAAACCGGCUCCAGUCCUGCCAUUCCCAGGAUACUGCAGGACCAACAUUUCCUUACCACUGCCUCUGUCCGUCUAACCAUACUGAUGUUACGAUUUUACUGCAAAGCAAAGGUCUGUCCAGUGCUGCUGCUGUCUAUCCAUUUCAGCUGUUUCCAGCCUACUCAAGGGGAAAGGCCCCUUUAGCACUGGCCCCUUUUAGCUACGAGGCAGGCAGAGCCCUCCUUUGCAGGAUGUGGAUUAUCACAGAGAAGGCAUCAGGGUCAUGAAAUAUGACUGGGAUUUGAUAUGUGGAAUAUCUGUUCUGCCAUGGAGAUAAAAUGAGUGGGCAUGAUGCUUCUGGAGCUGCUAAUAAUUUGGAGGCAAGGCAGCAUGUGCCUUGACCUGUAGAAAUCUGGGUGACUAAGCAUUAUUUGCUGGUUGAUGGUGGAAAACAACACUACUAUCCAAACUUUGGUAAUGGUUCAGUGAAACACUGAGGUAUGUAAGGUCUGCAAUGUCUCUUCCUCCUCUCUAGUGACCUGCGGUAGGGGUGAAGGUACACUGGAUCAAGAAGCAUCCAGUAUCCCUUGCAUAUUCCCCCCGCCCUUCCUCCUAUGUUGACCUGAGGAAACAAUGGACCCAACAGAGAGAAUGAAGGAUUCUUAACAAAAAUGGUAUUUUGCUUUGGUCUGCACUUACCUACCAAAUUCUGUUUGCUUGCCUGUAAGUUAUUUAUAAAGAUAGAUGACUAAUGGACUAGACCAAGUUGAAUGCUUUUGGAAUUUGAUGGAAACAGUUCUCUAGCUGUGAUUAAUUAGAGUAAUAAAACUUGAUUAAUUGCACACAGGGUUGCAGCUGUGAUUGUUUUGGGAUAUGAAGUGUUGCCUGGUUGAAAUUUUUUAUUGAUUUUGGUUUUUUGCCAACUCAGCAUCCUUGCAUUGAUUCCUCUUUGAUGAUGUCCAUAUAGUCUUUCCUCUUCUAUCUCUCACUGCCAAAUUCUCUAUGCAUCAUCCUUCCCGCCUUUCAGUCUGCAACAUACCCUAGGUGCCCAUUUGUGCAAUCCUCUUCUCCAGGGGCUAAUUGAUCUCAUGCUUCAGCAUCAUUUCUCCUUUACCUUCCUCUUCUCUGCACUGUAGUUUCUAUCCUCCAUUUUCCCUUCCCACGCCUCAUUCCUUUGUCUCAUUUCCUUUCUGUCUUUGGUUUAAUAUUGACCUCCUCAGCCCCCAUUUCUGCAGCUUUUGGUGUCUUGAAGCUGACCUGAUCGGAUUGUCUCAGCUUGAAUGAGAGGGUAGUUCACUCUCCAUGGUUACACACGCCCAGUCACAAUUACAAACCCAGCAAAGACUAUUGCCGAAGUUUUUAAUUUUUUUUUUUUAAAGGGCGAGUCUUGUCAUAUCAGUAUUGUUUGGUCUGUUCCAUCUACAGCACCAGCUGAGCAGUUCUUUAGCGCCCAGGAUGCAUGGUGUGACCUUCACUGUGAAGAGCUUUCUGUGAAAGAGAAUUCUUCUAAUAUUGGUUUUGUGAAGUUCUACUAACUAGUUCCCUAAAUUCAUGGAAAUAUAAGUUCUCUGUGUGUUCCCCCCCCCGGCUCACUGUUUCUUUAUCUACUGGAAACGGCAACAAUAGCACAAACUCGUAUGUUUCAAACAGUCUCUCUGCAGAUAUAAGGAGUGAGUUUCUUCUUCAUUUUGUCUGGGUGAGAAGAGUGUUGCUGGGUUUUGUUGUUUAUUUCACAAGUGAUAUCAUAUGCCUGUCUGUGACAUAACAGCUGGCUGCUGUGGAGUUAGUGAUAUUAUAGGACAGUGAGUUAAAACAAAGAAUGGUUGGAUUAACUCAGAAUCAGUUGUGAUAAUCUGUUUUCACAUACAUGUUCUUUAGUCAUAAGGAAGGGGAAAGACAGAAGCAGAAACCUCUCUAAAAAGAAUUGGUUUGGUACAUUUUGUGCAUGGUGUCACCAAUUAUUUAAUAGCACCACAGUGUGGGGUAGGCUGUGAAGUGUGUUUCAGGAGGAGUCUAAGAGAAGGCUCUUAAAAAUCUCCAAAUAUCUAUCUUAUUUUUCUAGGAACUUAUACUGCAUUAAUUAUAGUGGUCUCUGGAUGAGACUGAGUCUCCUUUUAGAUUAAAUAGAUUAAAGCAUAAUUUUGCUGUGAAAAGUGAUUACAUAAAAAUGUUAUUGCCUUACUCCAAAGGCCUGCUCCCUGUGUGUAGUCAGAGUUGGCUCUGCUGACUUCAGUGACAAAUGAGGCUUUUGUGUUUUUGACUUCUUAGUCCCUAUGCAGCUUUGGAAGAGUUACUUGAAUUCUAUUCUGGGUCUGGCAUCAUCAGCACACGUCAGCUAAAUUCCAGGUGCUGAAUCUUUAUUGUCAGCGUUAUGCAAGCCAGUAAGAUCCCAGCUUAACUGUCAGAUAACAGGCUGAGCUUGUGGCACUUAGUAGAAACAUCUUUUCUCAUGUCAUCUGAGAGAGCUGAUAUGAAAUUCACCGUGAGAAAUAAGCAUGGAGCUUGACAAUGCCAUUUUUGCCAUGUCACUUCAGAACCAGGUUUUAGGAAAAUCUUCUUCUUAAUUUGUUUUACAAUAGUGCCUGAAUUGUGCUAGGCACUGGAGAUGCACCAAGUAAGAGGCAGCCCCGGCUCUGGAGGGUUUACACUAUAAAUAGACAAGAGAAGUAUUAUUAUCCCCAUUUUACAGAUAGGAAACUGAGGUCCAGAGAGAAUAAGUGGCUUUCCCACAGUCACCCAGAGAGUUUGUGGCAGAACCACGACGAGUGCCUUAACCCCCCACCCCCACCCCAGAGUGUGUAGCUCGUUCUGUUGUAUUGAAAAAAGAAGCAUAACUACUAGAAAAAAAGUUUUAUUACAACUGUUAUUGCUUAUUAAAUAUCUCAGUCAUG